CCGCAGCUCCACUGGAUAAUCCUCAACCGCCACAUUACGGGGAAGGACGCCUGCGGCAUGCUCUUCGUCGGGUUUGGCUGCGAGACCGACAACCCCGAGCGCGUGUGGGAGGUUUCGCUUCCCGACACACCGAAGCCGCCUAUCCAACCCCCGACCCUGCCGGAGCCCGGCUCGCCUGUGAUGCGGGUCCUGCACUUGGCAGACACGCACUUUGAUCCAUUCUACAAGCCCGGCAGCAACGCGGAGUGCGACGACGUCUUCUACUGCUGCAGGGAGGAGAGUGGACCUCCCGAGCGCCCCGAGGCUGCGGCUGGGCACUGGGGCGACUACCGCUUCUGCGAUGCCCCCAAGUGGCUCCUGCAGGAGAUGUACUCGCACAUCGCGAACACGCACCAGGACAUCGACUUCAUCGUGUGGACGGGCGACCUGAUCCCGCACAACCUGUGGAACACGACCCGCGAGGGCAACCUGGACGUGACUCGCCAGGCCAUCCAGAUGGUCAAGGACAGUUUCCCAGGGAUUCCUGUGUUCCCGGCCAUCGGCAACCACGAGUCCCACCCCGUGAACGCUUUCCCUCAACCGUACAUCGAGAACGAAUUCGACAUCUCUUGGCUGUACGACGAGAUCUCGGCGCUGUGGGCGACGUGGCUGCCGGCGGACGUCGCAGCCAGCGUCACCUACUCCGCCUUCUACUCCACGCUCAUCAAGCCAGGGCUCAGGAUCCUCUCAAUCAACACCAAUUACUGCUAUAGCUUCAACUGGUGGCUGCUGUUCGACGACGUGGACCCCGCGGCGGAACUGGCCUGGAUGGCGCAGGAGCUGCAGCGCGCCGAGGACGCCGGCGAGAAGGCCUACGUGGUGAGCCACACCGCCGGCCACCGCGACUGCUCCAAGACCUGGAGUCACCAGUACAACAGGAUUGUUCACAGGGACCAGGAAGAGCGAAUGUUAUAUGCUCUGUUAAUUAAAGUUGAUAUGCUAUUAACCUUAUACUUUUGUGGUAACUCAAAUAAUGCAUUCCCAAACCAGUAA